CACCGCUGCUCGCAUUACCAUCACACUCAGUAGUAGUAGUAGUAACUAGUCUGGCGCAUUUUAAGCUCAGGUUGUGUGGGACAAAUCAGAUUAUUGGGUAAGUAAACUGGAUUCUGACGUAAAGGGCUUAAACCCCGGCGGAGGAGUGCGCGCGCUGCCGCAUGUGCUGCCGCUCGAGCUUGUUGUCUCGCGGUCAGUCAGUCAGUGAGCAGCAGUCAGGGUGAAGGAAGCAGCUCGUGCAGCCUCCGGUCAACAAACAGCCCCUCCACCCUCCCCUGCUCUGCUCUGCUCUGCUCUGUCAAGACCUGAGCAUGACUCCUCAGAUAUUACACUGCGCGUAAACAGAACGGAACCGCCGGCAACAUGGCUUCGUAUCUGCAGAUCGCUGAUGACGAGAAAGGCCAUGAGCUGGACCUUUUCUGUGUUCCCAGACACUAUGAGAACGAUUUGGACAAGGUGAUCAUCCCACAUGGACUCAUCAUGGACAGGACAGAACGUCUGGCCCGGGACAUAAUCAGAGACAUGGGUGGACACCACAUCGUAGCCCUGUGUGUGCUAAAAGGGGGCUACAAAUUCUUUGCUGACCUCAUGGACUACAUUAAAGCGCUGAACCAGAACAGUGAUAAAUCAGUCCCGCUGACAGUGGAUUUCAUUAGGGUGAAGAGCUACUGUAAUGACAAGUCAACGAACAGUGUCAAAGUCAUAGGAGGGGAUGAGCUGUCCAAUCUUUCAGGCAAGAAUGUUUUGAUUGUUGAGGAUAUCGUGGAGACAGGAAGGACCAUGCAGACGCUACUUUCCCUGCUGAGUGAAUGUAAUCCCAAGAUGGUUAAAGUUGUAAGCCUUCUGGUGAAGAGAACCCCAAGGAGUUCAGGGUACAGACCAGACUACAUUGGCUUUGAGGUGCCGGAUGCCUUUCUGGUGGGCUAUGCUUUGGACUACAACGAGUACUUCAGAGAUCUCAGUCACAUCUGUAUACUAAACGACCAAGCAAAGGAGAAGUACAAAGUGUGAUCAGAUAACAGCGGCAGGGGUGAUGACUGAAAUCGCUGAAGACUAGGACCACUGUGAUGACCCUCCUUAGCUUUGCUCUGUUUUGAAUCUUAUUUAUUUUUCUACUUAAAAGUCCACAAAAUGUGAGUUGUGGGUUGUAAAUAACUCAAGGAAGAACAUUUCUUUACCCUUCAAUUGAAUGUGUGUGAUUUAAUUAUGUAUAUUCUGAAUAUUUUUGGUUGGUUAUUUAUUCAUUUAUGUGUAUAGAUUUUUAAGUAGUUUUAUCAUGGGGAUAAAAAAAAAUCUGAAAGUUGUCAUUAGCUUUUUUUCUUGCUAAUUUAAUUCAGUCACACUGGUGAUGUUCAGUGAGGUGUCAGUCAGAUGUGAGUAGCCUUCAGUUUGUACAUGUUUCUGUUUGGACUUGAAAUGCUGAUAUGUCUUCUCAUUAUGCCAUAAAAUGACUGACUCGGAAUGUACUGUACAUUUUAUUUAAUGAUUUCACCGAGGACCUGUUUAUAGCAAUACAAGUUCCUUUCAAACCUUGAA